AUGGACGCCUUCUACUCGACCUCGUCGGCAGCGGCGGCGGCCGAUUGGUGUUACGCCUCACUCAACAAGUUCCGCGAGAUCUCCCCCGCCGUGCGGUCGCACCUCAAGCUCGUUUACCGGACCGUAUGUUUUGCCCUGGUCUCGUCCGCUGUGGGUGCUUACGUGCACGUUGCCCUCAACAUCGGCGGGACGCUGACAAUGCUCGCGUGCAUGGGAAACAUUGUCUUGUUUUCAUUGACGCCAGUCUAUGAGGAGGUUUCAUUUCUCCGGUUUGGGUUGCUGAUGGCUGCUGCCCUCCUGCAAGGGGCAACGGUUUGCCCUCUGAUUCACCCUCCCAUGGACUUUGACCCAAGCGUCCUUGCGACAGGGUUUGUUGGAAUUGCCAUCGCAUUAGGCUGCUUCUCUUGCAUCACCCUCAUCGCCAAGCGCAGUGUCACCAGCAUUGCCAAGCGCAGUGAGUACAUGUACCUCCGUGCUCUGCUCUCCUCUGACCUGUCGAUCCUGCUCUGGCUGCAGUUGGCCACAUCCAUCUUUGUCCUCUUGUCUGGCAGCUUGAUGGUUGAGGUCUACUCCGGCAUCUUGAUCUUCGUGGGAUACAUGGUCUACGACAUGCAGCAGAUCAUCAAGAGGGCGCACCGCGGCGACAUGGACUACAUUGGACACGCGCUCACCCUCUUCACCGACAUCACCGCCAUCCUUGACCGGAUCUUUAUCAUCAUGAACGCAUGCGACAAGUCCAAGGACAAGAAGAGGAAGAUGAGCACGUUGUAG